AUGUCCGAGGAGGAGAAAAUGCCUGAGGACGGGAACCCGAGCGAUGCCGGGGAAGCGGCAGGGGAAGGAAACCCUACCGAUGAGGGUAAGACCGAUGAAGGGAACCCUACCGAUGGAGGAAACCCGACAGAUGAGGGUAAAACCACUGAUGGAGGUAACCCUACGGAUGAGGGAAAAACUACUGAUGGAGGAAAAACCCCAGAAGAAUGCUCAUGUACAUCUGAAAAAGUUAUGCAGUUUUUGCAAAAGAUGGCUAAGGAAAGUGGCACCGAAGACUUGACCGAUCCAGCACUUGCAGAAUUUCUUUCAAAAAGUGAUGGCCUGAAACACGUCAGAGAUCAGUUUUACUUUCCAAAAUGUGGCACUCUUCCAGAAGCCGAUCGAUCUCUGUGCGAUCCAGAAUCUGAUUCCAUAUACUUAUGUGGAAACUCACUUGGAUUGAUGCCAAAAGCUACGGAACGAAUUAUGCACGAACAACUUGAUAAAUGGGCUAAGAUGGGAGUCUUUGGACAUACAAAAGGAGAACUUCCAUGGGCCCAUUGCGAUGAACAUGCGUUGGAAGGUGUAGCUCAUCUUGUCGGUGCAAAACCUGAAGAAGUUGCUUUGUGUAACGGUCUCACCGUCAACAUUCAUGUGCUACUAGCCGCUUUCUACAAACCAACCGAGACCCGCCAUAAAAUCUUGCUGGAAACAAAAGCAUUUCCCUCGGACCAUUAUGCGAUUGAGUCUCAAAUCAGAUUGCAUGGAAGAACAGUAGAAGAGAGCAUGGUCUGCCUUCCACCUCGUGAAGGUGAGGUAUGCUUAAGAAAAGAAGACAUACUUUCCUACAUAGAAGAGCAUGGAGAAGAAAUUGCGAUUAUUUUUCUGCCUGGCGUACAAUACUACACAGGACAGCUGUUCGAUAUUCAUGCUAUAACCACGGCUGGUAAACAAAAGGUACGUCACGACAGAGUGCUUUCAUCAAGAAGCCUAACUUUUGCACUCAGUGGUAUUUUAUGAUG